AUGCAGUUCGGUUUGUCCGAGACACAACGAAAUGAACAGCCAAAUCGCGUGAUUGAAAACUCUUCAUAUGCAAAUCGUCAGAACAGAAACGUUGAACAUCCUCGUAUUCAGUUGUUUAAACAUACGAGUGAAUCUUUACAUGAAUCGGAGGAAGCCGUUUCUCCUUUUCAAAAAUAUUUUGAGCCUAUUGACAGUGAUUUAAAACAAAGUGACAGAGCUCCUGCUGCUUCUCACAGCAAAAGAGGCAAAAAAGUAGAUGAUCGACAAAUUCGGGAAUACUUAAAUCGCAAAAAACCUACUGGGAAGCCGAAGCAAAAGGGAUCAAAAGCUUCAAAUUCGACUUCUAGCACCCAUUCGGAAACUACCACUUCAACAUCUCGACAAGCUCCUCCUUUUCAACAACUUCCUGCCCCGCCUCCCACUUUCAAUAUUUGGGCAAAUCUCUUUUAA